AUGGCAGACUUACCAAAGUUUUUUGCCCUUAAGUCAGUCAGGAACCAGAAAUACGUGGUCCUCAAAGACCAAUCCACUGCAGAGCUGCCAAAUAGGCUCGAAGUCUCCGGAGAGGAAAGUCACAGCAAAUACGCAAGGUUCAAAGUGGAGAAGGACGUAAACCAACCCAGUCUGGUGCAUAUAAAAUCCACGUACAACGACAAAUACUUGAGAACAGCAGGCCAAGACAGUACUUGGAUUGUGGCUGAUGCUGAUGAGAAGCAGCCAAAUAAAAACCAGUGGUCAUGUACACUCUUCAAGCCUGUGGUUUUGCAAAAACCGGCACCAUACGUCGACGGCGUAUACCAGUUCGUCCACGUGCAAUUGGGAAACCUUACAGAGCCAAAAUCUGGAACCAACUUCGAUGAUGCCCUUGCUGCCGAUAGUGAAAAACCCAUCAAUACCCCUGCCUUCAUUGUCGAAAAACUUCCAGGAUGA